GUCAGGAAGCGUAUUACUCAUGACGUGUCACGUGGUGCCAGUGUCGGGAGUUCCCGGAAGUAGUCAUGUGACCGCGCUGUGUCCAACAUGUCGGCGCCCAGUAGAGGGAGAGAGUCGUGUGCCCGGCUGAUCAGAUCGGUGCGGUGUGUCCGGGCACAUAACACCUCUAAUGCCCGCUGGAAGGACACGCUGAGGAUCGCACUGAUACUGCACUGCUGGCUGUGUGUCAGCGCCAGAAAUUCACUGGUUGAUGACUUGGUGUCCCCUUAUCACCCCCUUUCUAAGCAUGGCCCGAGCCGCAGCCAUCGUGAGACCAGAGACUGUUUGCGUGUCACUCAUGGAAACCAAACGCACGAGACAUGGCCUAGUAAUAAUGAUACAACAUGGCCGACGUCCUCCACUAGGACUUAUAUCUCAAUGUUUCCUGGUUUUCCUCAAAAGGCUGUUUAUGGGCACUUUACAUUCAUCAAUAACCCAUUGAGGACUGUAUCUGUGCUGGAGCCUGGGAGUCCUGGAGGAUGUGCCAGUAAUUUAACGGCAACUGUGGCAGAAACAGCAAAAUAUGGAAAGUGCCUUGUGGCUCAAAACGGAGGAUUUUUUAAUACUACAACAUUUCAAUGUCUUGGAAACAUUGUCAGCAAUGGCAGAUUGGUACAGAACUCAAAAGGAAUACAAAAUGCCCAGUUUGGCAUCAGGGCUGAUGGCACCAUGGUGAUUGGCUAUCUAUCUGAAGAGGAGGUCUUGGAUAAGGAGAAUCCUUUUGUACAGCUUGUGAGUGGAGUUGUGUGGUUGUUGCGGAACGGUGAGGUGUAUAUUGACCAGAGCAAGAGUGUGGAAUGCGACGAGACUCAAACUACAGGCAAUUUUGAUUCGUUUAUUAAUAAGAUAUCGGCUAGAACAGCACUGGGACAUGAUAAAAAGGGGCGUCUUAUUCUGUUUCAUGCAGAAGGACAGACUGAUGGGAGAGGCCUAAACUUGUGGGAGAUGGCCAAUUUCCUAAAGGAUCAAGGAGUUUACAAUGCCAUUAACCUGGAUGGAGGAGGAUCAGCCACUCUGGUACUUAAUGAAACCCUGGCCAGUUAUCCUUCUGAUCACUGCCUGAAUGAAUCAAUGUGGCGCUGUCCACGAAGUGUGUCUACUGUUGUCUGUGUCCAUGAACCGUACUGUGAUCCCCCUGACUGUGGAGGCCAUGGACAGUGUGUUUCAGGAGCGUGUCAUUGUACUGGCUACUGGACAGGAAGUUCCUGUGAUGUCCUUCUCUGUGGCUCUUCAAACUGUAGUGGGCAUGGGAAAUGCACCCAGAUUGGCUGUAAAUGUGAAGCUGGCUGGACAGGCAGUAACUGCAGUGAUGCGUGCAUUCAGGGUUACUUUGGAGAUGGAUGUACCAGCAAGUGUCAGUGUCAGAACAAUGGGACAUGUGACCACAUUUAUGGGAACUGUACGUGUCCAGCUGGAUUCCACGGGCCCUAUUGUGAAGAAGUGUGCCCAUUUGGUUUUUAUGGUUUACAGUGCCAAGAAGUUUGCAAUUGCGAAAAGCAGUGUUACUGUGACCAUGUUACCGGAAGCUGCAAUAUUACUGAUGGGCCUGCCCUGAAAGAACUACUUAUGAAAGUUGGUCAUUGUACGGAAUCACUGAUGUAUGCUUCUUGGUGGAAAGAAGUGCCUUCCGAUGCCAAAAUAAUAUAUUUCACUGAACAAACAUGGGCAAUAGUAACCUGCACUCUUGCUUUGCUUCUUGUGAUCAGUGCGGUGUUUAAUAUCAAGCAAGUAUGGACAUGUAAAGAAAAACGUACAGAUUGGACCUAUUCCUACCAGCAGCUGCGAGAAAUUAAUGGGAAUGUGGAUGUUCCAGAUAUGUAUGAGGCCUGUGAUUUGUACAACUCUGAUACAGACGUGGAAACCUCACCUCUCAAAAGUGGAAAUUGAAGGCUAGGACAAAUAUGACGCUGAUGGUUCAGCAUCUACCUAUGCAAUCUGUGACAUGCAGAAACCUUGUGCCUUACAUGCAUCCCAACCUCGUACUGGGGUUUUAAAGCUUGAAGAUAACGAAUGAGUAUACCAUCAGAUCACUGAUGCUAAUGGUACAGUAUUCAGGACACUGUUUUGAUCCUGAUAAAAUUGAUGAAGGUAUACAUGUAUUUUAUUAUAUGGACUGCACUUCCAUGACACUGGAUUUAUGUCUUAAAAGGUCCUGUUUGAACUUGUCCUUCACUAUUCAAGUGCCAAUAUAUUUUUUGUUUUAUAGUCAGUGGAGGGCAUGUGCAUAUGUUUGUCCUCAUUCACAUGGCUGAUUACUUGUGUGCCCUGUGCAGGGCUGUGUUUUGCCAGCACAGGUGUUGCGUGCAUCCCAUUGCUGGCAGUCUCAUAGAUGUCUAUGGGGACACGCGGCUGCACGGACACCGCCACUGUGCCUCAAUAUGACAUCUGUGCGGGUGCACAGUCCCAAACUGCAGGAAAUUCGGGGACACGCACUCACGCCCACAUAAAUGUCAUAUUUGGACACAGUGGCUGUGCUAUAGACCUCUAUGGGGCUGCUGGCAUGGGGAUGCACUCAACACCUUGUGCAUCCCUGUGCCUGCAAAACAUGUCCCUGGAAGGAACACCCAGGUAAUCGGAAAUGUGAUGGAGACCUUUAUGUUAUGUACAGAAGCCGAUUAGGAUUUCUAUUUUAACUGUAAAGAUUCUCAUUUUUAUAUACACAUAUUCUGUAAACUGCCUAUUUCAAAUGUUGCCAAGUAACUAUGUGGGCAUGGGUAAUGAUAAAGUCGGGGAGAAAACAUUUUGCAACUAGAAAGCAAAUUUAAACUUAAAACGAAUGCAUAAUUUUGUAUUUUUGGUUAUUUAUAUUCUUUAUGUUGAGGGCUACACGAUAAGCCUAGGUUUCCACUAUUGCGCGCGAUUUGAAGCGAUGCCUGUGUAUUUUUGAGGUCUGUGGACCUCAAGUCGCAUCAAAGUGGGACCAAAGUAGUGCAGGGACUAUUUUAAAGUAGUUACAAUUUAAAGUUGCACAGAUAUCAACGGUACUCAUUGGAUAUCAUGAGGUACGAUUUGUCAUGUAAAUUAACAGUCCCAAGUCGCAUGACAAGUCACACUAGUGGAAACUUAGUCUAAAAUGUAAAGUAUUUUUUUCUAUAAUUGGGUAAGUAUGAAGUUUUACUCGUGGACACUUUGUAUUUAUUAAAUGAAGCAAGCAGGUGG